AUGUCGGCGGGCCUGCCUCACCGAGCUGAGCCGAGCUGGCUAUGCUUCCAGGGCGGUUGCCGGCGGCCGGAGCAGUGCGGGUCGGCGCGAAACCCUCGCGGCGGCAAGCUUCAAGCGCUUUGGCGGGGCCGCCUCAUGCUGCCCUCGCCUCGGUCUCGUGCAGAGACCGCCGUGGGAUACUGGCGACGGCGACCGAUACAGCUGCGGCGCGGACCUUCUGCCGGGCGCGGCGAGUUAUACGUCCUGGCGUGCGAUUGCCAAAACGGGCGUGGGUUCGGAUCGCUGUGCGCCAAGAAGCUUUACAGUCAUCGCGCGGCUCGUACUGCCGGCCCGCCGCACGCUAUGAUAGUCCACCGACGUCGGUUAACCAAGGAUAUUGCGCGCGUGUCCUGCAAAGUGCUGCCGCUGCGCCCGACACGCCGGCAAGCGAAACGCUGCCGGUGGCGCCGCCGCCGACACACCGGCCUGAGUUGGAAUAUCAGGCCGCCGGUUGAAGAGAGCAGGCAUUGGACUGCUCACAUUGACGCCGCUGCACUGGGGCUGGGCCGGACCCCCCUGCUCUGCGUGCAGCGCCACUGGAGGGACCGAGCGCAGAGCCCGCGCGCCGCGCAGAGCAUGGCGGGGGCUCCGAAGGUGCUGGAGGACACUCGCGUCGGUCCAAGGCUCGGGCGGCGCUCCCAGAUGGCGACAGUCCUCAGCUGCGGAGCUUCGCGGCGAUCCAUAGAGCUUCGGACACCAUCGAGCACGACGGGUAUCAUCAUCAGCUCGUACCUGCCUGCCAGUCUGCAUCGCCUCCUGCCUUCCUUCCAUCCAGCGGCCUCCGGAGCGGACAUGGACGCCCCGCUGGUGUCCGCGUCGCGCCCGCUGCUGCAAAGCACGGCUUUCCCGAGGGCAGAGAAACGAGAAGUGUCUGUGUCUCUGUACCCGUGGUUCUGCAAGCAGCAAGCAGCGCUCGCCACUUCACAGGAAGCGGUGAUCGCGCUGCGCCCGCGAGUCGCCGCGUCAUCUCGCCGCGUCAUCUCGCCGCGUCAUCUCGCUGCUCGCAGUGGGAUCUCAGGCGAAACCGCCGUGGCGCCUCUGAUUUCGUCGGGACUGCUGGUCCUCGCGAACGCGAACGCGAACGCGAACGCGAGUCGAGUCGAAGCCUGA